AUGGGCUCAAUCGUUUUAAAAUCUCUCUCGGUUCUCCUUGGAAUAUUCUUCGUUUUCGUCGGUACUAUGAAGCUGACUUCUCAUAUUAGCAAGGAUCUUCACAAGGAUUUGAGGAAAGAGUAUGUGAAAUACGCAAAGGUAUUUCCACUGUCCGGUACACUGGACUUUAAAGUACCAAGUAAAUGGUAUAGAAGAGUUGUCGGAUCGCUCGAGAUUAUUUGCGGACUCGCAAUGGCGAUAGUUCCAAGCCAUAAAAUAAAAAAUGCAUCAAACGCAGUGUUAUUGUUACUGAUGUUAAUGGCUGUAUACUCUCAUUAUAUGGUGAAUGAUAAGUUUGAGAGAAUUGCUCCAGCGCUGGUGUUCUUUUUUAUGCUGACAGGUCGACUAGUAAUAGAUUGGCAACUCAGGCGAGAAGACACGCAACCAGUAACGGCAAAUGGUGUAGAUGAUAAAACCAAGAAACAAGACUAAAUUCAAAAUUCUUAUAUAUAUUUGGGCGAUUAAGACCUUCUUUUGGUUAUUACGUUAAUUAUUGCCUUCAACGUAUCACGUAAUAGUAACGUUAAAAGUAUUCUUGAUAUGCGCGUUAAAUAAGUUCGUUUGUUUCAUAAUUACUUAUUUUUCGCGAUAUUAAUUUGUAUAAUCAGUCACAUUACAUGUGAAACAUGCUUUUUCAAAUUUAUGCUUUAAAUCCAUUGCGUUUUAUCACAAGUUGCUCUUCAGAAUGAAUAGCACUCGGAUUUGAUACAAAGUUCUAAUCUCAUAAACUUUGAGAAUUAUGAACUUUUAUCAUUAACAAAUAUAUUAAUUUAGUCAAAAGUUAUGAGAUAAUAGCUCAAGCACAAGAUAUCGACUGCCAAUCGAAUUGAUGUGUUCUACUUAAUAUUGUAUUAAGAUGUACAUGUCCUUACACAAUAACUAAAAUACUGUCAUCACAUUGUAACGCGUGCUUUCUUCAUUAAUAUUUUUACUUUUAUGAUACUGUCUUUCAUUUUUAUAGAGGAAAACACGCGUUCUUAAAAACCAAAUAAUAAUGUACAAAUUAAAAAUUAUUCAUACAAACAGAUAAAGCAAUACAUAUAAAAUAUCAUUCACUGUUAAAACUAAAUCACAGUUAUAGGAAGUAUAAGUUUUCUUUUAGUCAAAGACAUUUUGCUGGUGUCUCUAAUUCAUAGGAAAAAUCAUAUACAACUUGUCAAUUGUACAUUUAUCUUUCAACCAUUAAGUUUGUGAUAAAUAGAGGUAAUGAAUUAAGUAUAUCUACAAGUUAAUGCGAAAAUAAAAAUAUCUAAGAAACAAGUUGUAAA